GCUUGAUCCAGUUUUCUCCUCGUAUCUCUUCUGUUAAAGUAGCAAAGUAAAGACCUUUAACUUUAGAGAUUUAAGAAAUCAAGGAACGAAUAUGAAACAGUGGAUUAAUAACUGUUCUCCAGUAGAUCAGUUAUUCAUCUGUGUAUCUGAAGACCUGCUGCAGCACAGAUCACUGACUUCAGCUUCCCGUCAUGCUGAGUUACACCAAACCUCCUGACCGCUGCCUUGUAUGGGCACAUUUCAACCUGACAUGUCUAAAUCAUGAAAAACACAGAGGUUGAAGUGUCACUUCCAAAGCAGUUUGUAUAUUUAUGUAUAAAAGUCAUCUAUACCCGACAGUAUGUUAACAUCUACAGUAAAGUUCCAGUGACGUCUUUCAUGUUCGGGAACAUGUGAUGAAUCCAGAUCUUUGUGAAGUUACUGAAAUCUGCUGCUCGUCACUGGUGAUGAUGAAACUUCACAAAACAUUGAACUACAGCAGGUUCCUCACUUUAGGUUCCUGGAAGCACGUCUCUGUGUUUACAUGUGUUUCUGUGUUGAGCUCCCUCGGCCUCCGUAGAACAUCUCGUGUUCUCCUGCACUAAUUAAGAUGCCACCGGUGGAUGUUAGUGGAUGUCAGUGACGUAUCUCCACUCAGUGGUUGUUUCUCUGCACCGUCGUGGGGCUGUGACCUCUGUUGAGUCACUGACGUGUUUUAACCUGAUGUCAGCGGCUGUUUAUUGACAUCGUGUGUUGUUGUGGAGGAGAAGCAGCGCUGCAGCUGGGAAGUGAAUGUGUGGCUCAGGAAUCCGAGGAGCUGCUGAUGACUUAUAAAGUGAUAGCCUUGAAACUUUUGUUGGACUCCAGCGAGGGGAGACCCUAAAAAUACCCCGUUAAGAUUUCACCAGACAAACAGCUGCUGCCCAGGAUCCAUCUCACACUCAGAGAUCAGCUGUUUGCAGCAUUUACACCGAGCAGAUGACAUCAGAAGGAAAACUUACAACAGAUUCUUCAGGCUUUGAUUUUUAUUUUUCACAGAUGCAACUAUUUUAACUCUUAUUUGAAAAUGUCAACUCAUCCUCACAAACUUCAAGGUCCAUCUGCAGCGAGGAGGCUUUUAUUUUUGUCUUUUAUCUUCGUCCUGCAAUGUGUGAUUUAUAUUUAACUGGUUUAAGAAGUUUAACAAUGUGCUGACUCUCCCUCCGUCUAUAGUGUGACAUCAGUAUGUUAGCAUGUAAAACACACUGAUAAGUUAACUUUCUUUGAUUAAAUAGGUUUGAAAACAUUACAUCUGUCAAGAGAAAUAACAGAAUUCUUCAAUUGAGUUUUUAAAAUGACUGUUGUGAAAGAGACAUGAGGUCACGACUCGUAAAUCUGUGGCGACACGUUGAUCCCGGUUUGAAACCUGUUACUGGACGAUCUUCUAACCGCUGCUGCCAACGCGCCUCCUCCACCACUCGUCCCCUCUCGUGUGUCGACCGUGGUCACAGCUGUCGGAGGCGUGAAUCACAGAGACACGUUUAGCUGCAUCACGUCUCCAGAAAGUCCCAUAUUUCAGGCUGAAGAAUAAAAAUGAGAUCCAGGAACUGCACCAUGGGUCCAGACCAGGAACACAUCCAGCCCACGAAAGGUUUCAUCAAGCAGCAGCAAGAGGAGGAGGAGGAGCAGGAAAACACACCGGAGCUGAUGAAGAGGAAGAUGAAGGACGGUAGAACGGGGGUGUUGAAGAAACCUCAGAGAUCUGCAGAGAGCGGCAAGACGACAACACUAGAUCUGAACAAGAAGGACCUGCUCCACCUGCUGGGAAUCAUGGAGGGAGAAGUUCAGGCCAGAGAGGACAUGAUCGGCCUCCUGAAGUCGGACAGGACCAGGCCCGAGGCUCUGGAGGCUCACUACGGUUCAGCCGACCCCACCAGACCCCUGCAGGCGCUGCAGAGGGACGGGCUGCUCAGCCACGGCCACCACGGCACAGAGGACGUCUACGAGAAGCCCAUGGCCGAGUUGGACCGUCUGGAGGACAAACAGAAGGAGACGUACAGACGGAUGCUGGAGCAGCUGCUGUUGGCUGAGAAAUGUCACCGUCGCACUGUGGCUGAUCUCGACAACGAGAAACGCAAACACGUCGACUUCAUGAACAAGAGCGACGACUUCACCAACCUGCUGGAGCAGGAGAGGGAGAGACUCAAACGGCUGCUCGAGCAGGAAAAGGCCUACCAGGCUCGUAAGGACAAGGACCACAGCAGGAGGCUGGAGAAGGUCCGAGCGGAGCUGGUGAAGCUCAAGUCCUUUGCCCUGAUGUUGGUGGACGAACGGCAGCUGCACAUCGAGCAGAUCGACCAGCAGAGCCAGAAGACCCAGGACCUCACUCAGAAGCUGCAGGAAAAAGAGCAGCGCUUGGCCACCGUGACUGACGGCGCCAACGAGGAAGGCCAGAAGGUCCUCAAACUGGAGGCCGAGCUGGAGCACAGAGCAGCCAAGUUCACACAGGAGCACGAAGAGAUGACCACAAAGCUGGGAAACCAAGAGUCACAAAGCCGACAGCUGAGGCUGAAGCUGGCGGGACUAGCACACAAGAUCGAGGAGCUGGAGGAAAGAAACAAAGUGCUGCAGAAAUCUGAGGAGGACCUGCAGGAGCUGAGGGAGAAGAUCAGCAAAGGGGAGUGUGGCAACUCCUCUCUGAUGGCCGAGCUGGAGACUCUGCGGAAGAGAGUGCUGGAGAUGGAGGGUAAAGAUGAGGAGAUCACUAAAACAGAGAGUCAGUGCAGGGAGCUGAGGAAGAGGCUGCAGCAGGAGGAGAACCACAGUGCGGAGCUGAGGCUGGAUGUGGAUAAACUGCAGAAGAGAAUGGUUGAACUGGAGAAACUGGAGGGAGCUUUCAACAAGAGCAAAACUGAGUGUUCCCAGCUUCACACAAACCUGGAGAGAGAGAAACGUGUAGUGAAGGAUCUGGCUGCUGAGCUGGAGACAGUGAAAACCCGACUGAAAGAACUGGAAGCAUCAGAGUCAAAGUUUGAAAAGACAGAAAUGCUCCUCAAAGACGAUCUCAUGAAGUUGAAAUCCUUCACAGUCAUUAUGGUCGAUGAAAGAAAAAACAUGGCGGAGAGACUAAAACAGGAAGAACAGAAAAGUGAUGAUUUGAGUAAGAUGUUUAAAGCAGAGCAGGGCAAGGUCACAGAGGUCACAGAGAAGCUGAUCGACGAGAGCAAGAAACUUCUCAAAUUCAAGACAGAGGUGGAGGUUAAAGUGACACAUCUGGCCAAAGAGAAAGAUGAGUUGAAAACCAAACUUGCAAGUGAAGAGGAAAAGUGUAGGGAGCUAAAUAACAAGCUAAGUGGCAUGAAAAUAAGAAUGGACAGACUGGAGGAGACGGAGAGCGAGAUGCAGAGAAAGUGGGCCAACAAGGACAAUAACAAGAGUCCAGAUGAAGACAACAAAGUCAAAGAGCUCACGCUAGAAAUUGAAAGACUUAAGAGCCGGCUCAAACAACUGGAGGUGGUGGAGGGAGAUUUAAUGAAAACAGAGGACGAGUAUGAUUUACUGGAGAAGAAAUUCAGAACAGAGCAGGACAAAGCAAACACCCUCUCAAAGCUGCUGGAAGAGAUGAAAAGUCAGAUUGCCAGAAACAAAGCAAUAGAGAAAGGCGAGGUCGUGAGUCCCGAGGCUGAGCUGAGAACUCGCUGCAAGAUGGAGGAGGCAAGAACCAGGGAGCUGCAGGCGCACGUCCAGGCCCUGAAGGAGAAAAUCCACGAACUGAUGAACAAGGAGGACCAGCUCUCCCAGCUGCAGGUGGACUAUUCCGUCCUGCAGCGGAGGUUCAUGGAGGAGGAAGAGAAGAAGAACAGCAUGUUUCAAGAAGUGGACUGUCUCACCAGGGAGCUGGAGUCCACCAAGUGCUACAGCCGGGCACUGAGGCCUGGUAUGAACGGCAGGAGGAUGGUUGAUGUUCCGGUUACAUCCACAGCAGUGCAGACAGACCUGGUAGCCAGCGAUCCUGCUGAGGACGAGACGACAGCGGGCUUCAUCAGAAAGUCCGUCCUUGAGGAAAACCACUUGAUGAGCAACCUCAGACAACGAGGUCUCAAGAAGCCAACGGUUCUGGAACGAUACCCUCCAGCGUCUGCAGAACUGGGGGCAAGAAAAUCCUGGGUACCUUGGAUGAAAAAGAAAGAGGCCGUCACGCUCAAUCAGACGAGUCCUGCAAGGACCAACGGGUCGUCCUCUCUGCUCUCACCGGAAAUUACCAUGUCCCCAAAGCCAGGUCAGCCUCUGCAUAUCCGAGUGACCCCAAACCACGACAACAGCACGGCCACCUUGGAGAUCACCAGCCCGAGAGCGGAGGAUUUCUUCUCCAGCACCACCAUCAUCCCAACGCUCGGCCUUCAGAAACCUCGGAUCACAAUCGUCCCCAAACCCACGACCGUGACCUCAAGGAGCAAAGCCUGUGAUGUGAUGGGACGUCUUGAUCGAGCCAAAUCUCCAGUAACAAUAACCACCAUCUCCAGGGCCAAGAGUCCAGAGAAGAGCAACGGCAGCAGCUCAGGACGCCUUCAGUCUCCAGUGUCCAUCCUCACCGUCAGCACCACACCUGUGGCAGAAGCAUGUGCUUCACCUGAGCCUCACGAAAUGACCGCAGGCCGCACCGUGAUCAAGAUGACCCCCGAGACGCAACCUGGGCCUCCACACGUCAGGAAAUACAACGCCAACAGCAACAUCAUCACAACAGAGGACAAUAAGAUCCACAUCCACCUGGGUCCGCAGUUCAAAAGGCCGUCUGAGGGGAGCAGCAGUCCUGUGCUGACGCUCAGACAUCAGGCUUUGAGCUCAGACAGCAAGGAAACAUCAACAGGAACAGUUCUCCGCUCCCCACGCCAGACCUCCACGGGAAAGACGAGCAAAAUGACGAGCAGCAUCACAAUCACACCCGUCCACUCAGCAGCUUCCAGACCGACACAAUCAGUGAAACUACAGAUAAACAGAGAAACAUCCCAGAGAGUCCUGCAGCCACCGUUAACACUCACAAAAGCCCGGUUCGGAGGUGCAGUCAGCUCGGAGCGCGGCCACACGCAUCCCUGUGUCAAAAGGUGUGAAACCCACCAGCAAGGCGCUUCUGGGAGUGUCGACGGUGACCAGGUUGGAGUCGCGGGCCGAGGGCCAGUCGAUGAAGAUCGAGCUGAGGAAGUCGACCGUGUGCGGAGGCUCUGCCGCAGGAGGCAAGAGCUGAGGCCUGCUGCCAUGGCAACGACUCACGAUGGAAAAACAGGCCACAACUGGGACUGUGUGUGUGACUUUCACAACAGCUUGUCAUCCUCUGUGAUCUGAAACACACGUUUUCAGGACAGAGUUUUAGUUUUGAAGCUUUUCUGUGUCUUUGCAUGUGAACGCUCGGUUUUGAUUAACUUCGUGUUCUGAUCCUCGACUUGUAAUCUCAUCAUCCACAUUUUUCACAGCAUGUGUUUACCACAGCUUAUGGAGGUUUCCAGUCACUGCAGCACUGUGAACAGUUUGUGGAGUUUGUGACAGACACUAAAAUAAAAUCUAUUUAUCUUUA